UAAUUCAGGGACUAGGGAAAUUAAAAAAAAACAGUAUAAUGAUUCAGCCACAGUUACUAAUGUAUAGCACUGGAACACAAUAACCCAGGGGCUUAAGAUUAUCAAAAAGCGUUGAUCGUGACAAUUGCCUUUUCUGACUUUAAAACGUGUUAAUAAAUGAAACAGCAACUAUAACAAAACCAGUGAAAUAAGAUCACUAUUAAAAAUCAAAGCAUACUUCUGGUAUGAUUAAAAACUAUUCAGGUACAAAAGAGAUAAAUAAGCUGCCUGGAUGUUUGUUAUUGUUUUGGGUUUUUUUGUUUUGUUUUUGUUUUGUUUAUUUGUUUUUAAUGUCCUUUCAAUUUUGUCCAUCAUCUACAUGUGGCAAUUACAAAGAUGGGGAAAGUUGUCAUAGUAGACUUCUCUGAUGUGAUAAAUAGAAUCGUUAAUAACAAAACAGGAAAAUUGAAAACUUCCUGUCUUAAGCUUCCAAUUAGCAAAGUAUGUAACAGGAUUUAUUAGUUUCUUCUACUGAGAAGCAGAGAAAAGCAAAUCAGGGUAAGGAGAAGAAACCUACUGCCACGUGGGGCCAAGCCUCCAGGCGUGGUUUCCUGCAAAUAUUUUCAACAUUUUUCAGUUAAUAAACAAGGUCAGAGGACUCACAGUUUUAAGUUGAACAUAAUGAAUUUCUUGGAAUUUCUUGGACUGAAGUUCCUCUUUGUUGAGGGUGUGGUUAGAGCAACCACUUAGAAAAAGCAGCAGAAAAAUACACUCACCCUUCCAUGUUUCUUUGUGUCAGUGAGGACAUCUAGAGGGAAAUGAGAUGAAUUGUGGGAUUCUGUAUCAAGUACGACGUAGCAUGCAGGUUUAUUAAAAGAGGGGUGCAAUUUGUAAGUGGAUCCUGCCAUCUAGUAUAUGUUUCAUUCUCUGUAUUAUUUAACUCCUGCAAAGCUGCCAUCCAGGGAGUCCCCAGCCUACAGUGAUGUGCACAGUUAGUCUCUUCCAGGUACAGAUUUCCCAUUUGAUGCAUCUUUGCUGGCCUUGGCGAGGCUCCUCUCAGCCACAGCAGGGUAUUGAGGCUCCUUGGUGCCCAGUCCUGCAGCAUUUCAGCUGCUACCCUCACUGGGGUGUCAUCCAGAGGCCUGAGCAGAGUUCCCUCAUCCAGCCUGGUGAUAGGGGUGUUAAACAUUACCAGCACAGGUCUCAACCUGCCUGGAAAACUGCAAUAACCCGCUGGUGGCUGUUUUUUCCACCUGUUGAGCAUGGCUUUCUAUGCCCAAAAGCUGGGUUUUAAGACAGCUUGUUGACUACUCAUUGAAUCCUCAGAUUACUUCUUUUGCCAGGUCUCACUGUAGGUAAAGGCUUCAGAGACAAUGCCUAUAUCGUGUUAGGAUUGGCAGCAGCUGCAGCACCAAGCGUCACAGUUGGCACAACCGGGCUGAGGACAUUUGCUGACAUAAAAUUGGGAACAUCUCCAGCAUUCAGCCACCAUGCUUUUAUAUCAUUUAUCAUUUAUAUGAUCACCUGCAGACUUUAGCUGACUAAAUAUGCUUGAUAAAUCUGGAAUCCUUCAACGCUUCACUAGCACAUCAACACCAUAUUCAAAGCAUAGCAUCCUUGUGCAGGUUGACCUAACAGUCAUAACCACAGAGGAGAGAAUCGGUUUUUUACUUCACGAGCCAUAAACUGAGUGUACUUCGUGUCUUCUCGCCUAUUCAUGCAGUUGUUAAAGCGAGCGCACUCAGGACGGCACAGAAAAGAACCUUCAGAAUCAGCCGGUUAGGGCUGCGAUUGCCGCGCGCACUGCCCUGCACCACACCGCGCCGCCACAAGGGAGCGGCGCUGCGCUGCCUGACAUUCCCGCCUCAGGCGGAGCCAACGGACGGGCGCGUGCGCAAUGGACGCUCCUCCGCCGCACGCCCGCUCCCUUCCCGCCCUCCUCGGUCACGUGAUAGAAGCACGGCAGCGUCACGCUUCGCGUCAGCUGGCAAUGCCGGAAGUACUGCGCGCUGGAGCCGAAUUCUCUUUGUCUGUAUGUUUAAUACUGAACUACAAUCAUGGCAGCAGUCAGCAAUGAGUCCCGCCAUCCUGUGGAUCCUGGAAGUUCAAAGCUGCAGUUUGCUCCCUUCAGUAGUGCCUUGAACGUAGGAUUCUGGCAUGAACUAACCCAGAAGAAGCUCAAUGAGUACCGAUUAGAUGAGACUCCAAAAGUUAUCAAAGGAUACUACUACAAUGGCGAUCCAUCAGGUUUCCCAGCUCGUUUGACGUUGGAAUUUAGUGCCUUUGAUAUGAAUGCUGCAAUACCAGCACGUUGCUGUCCUGCUUUCGGAACAUUGUAUAAUACCAACACUUUUGAGACUUUCAAGUCCUGUGAUAAAAAAUCACUUUUGGAAAAAGAAGCAAAUGAGAUAUGGGAAUCAAUAAAAUCUGGAGCUGCACUUGAAAACCCUAUGCUCUUAAACAGGUUCCUGCUGUUGACAUUCGCAGAUUUGAAAAAGUAUCAUUUCUAUUACUGGUUUUGCUACCCUGCUCUCUGCUUCCCUGAUGGAAUACAUAUAGUUCAGAAACCGGUGUGUCUUGGUGACAGGUUCUCUUUAAAUCAGAUUCAAGCACUUCAGAAAGCAUAUGAUGAACUUUGCCAGACAGAAGGGGUUACAGCCUUACCUUAUUUUUUAAUCAAGUAUCAUGACAAUUCUGUGGUUGUAUCUCCACUCAAAAAAUGGGAUGAUUUCUUUCAAGACCAAGGGGGAAAGGUGACAGUUGGAGUUUAUGAUCCGUGUAAUUUAUCUCACUAUCCAGGAUGGCCACUGCGAAAUUUCCUGAUCUUGGCAUCGCAUAAAUGGGGCAAUAUUCUGCAGUCAAUUGAAGUGCUCUGCUUCAGAGACAGGACCAUGCAAGGGGUGAGAGACAUAACACACAGCAUUAUCUUUGAAAUAAAACUUCCACAAGGAGCAUUUGGCCCAGAUUGUCCAAAAGCUGUUGGAUGGGAGAAAAACCAGAAGGGAGGCAUGGGUCCAAGGGUGGUCAAUCUCAGUGAGUGUAUGGAUCCAAAAAGGUUAGCAGAAUCGUCAGUGGAUCUUAAUUUGAAAUUGAUGUGCUGGCGGUUGGUCCCUACUCUUGAUUUGGAAAAAAUUGUGUCUGCCAAGUGUCUGCUGCUAGGAGCCGGUACUCUGGGUUGUAGUGUGGCAAGGACUUUGAUGGGUUGGGGAGUCAGGAAGAUCACUUUUGUUGACAACGCAAGGAUUUCAUACUCCAACCCAGUGCGGCAGCCACUGUAUGAAUUUGAAGACUGUCUCAGUGGUGGGAAGCCUAAGGCACUUGCAGCAGCGGAAAGACUUCAGAAAAUCUUCCCAGGAGUGAACUCAGAAGGCUAUAACAUGAGCAUCCCUAUGCCAGGCCAUCCAGUGAAUUUUUCAGAAGUAACAAUGGCACAGGCUCGGAAGGAUGUGGCUACACUUGAAGAGCUUAUUGAUGCUCAUGAUGUUGUUUUCCUAUUAAUGGACACUAGAGAGAGUCGAUGGCUUCCUGCUGUUAUUGCAGCCAGCAAGAGGAAGCUGGUCAUCAAUGCUGCCCUGGGGUUUGACACGUUUGUUGUUAUGAGACAUGGACUGAAGAAACCCAAACAGCAAGAAACUGGCAAUGCAUGUUUCAGCACUGCCCCUGGUCCUUCUGACCUUUUGGGUUCAUCGCUCUUUUCAAAUAUCCCUGGCUACAAACUGGGCUGCUAUUUCUGCAAUGAUGUCGUGGCACCAGGGGAUUCUACCAGGGAUCGAACAUUGGAUCAGCAGUGUACAGUCAGUCGACCUGGAUUAGCCAUGAUAGCCGGAGCUCUUGCAGUGGAAUUAAUGGUUUCUGUUUUACAGCAUCCAGAAGGUGGUUAUGCUGUGGCCAGCAGUAGUGAUGAUAGAAUGAAUGAGCCACCUACUUCUCUUGGACUUGUUCCUCAUCAGAUCCGUGGUUUUUUAUCAAGAUUUGAUAAUGUUCUUCCAGUCAGUUUGGCAUUUGAUAAGUGCACAGCCUGUUCCCCCAAAGUCCUCGACCAAUAUGAACGUGAAGGAUUUAAUUUCCUAGCUAAAGUUUUUAAUUCCUCACAUUCCUUCUUAGAAGACUUGACAGGUCUAACUUUAUUACAUCAAGAGACACAGGCUGCUGAGAUCUGGGACAUGAGUGAUGAUGAAACAGUCUGAAAAUCAGCUGAAUAAGGCCACAUCAGAGGAUGUUCUGUCAGGUCAAAUUCACCUUAAAAGAAAGGAUAUCUGCAGGUCCUAUACUCCCAUCAUAAAAGAAGACUCACUGAAACAUGUUGAGGUUAGCAUUAGUUGUUUUGUGUAUUUCUUUUUGUGAUCACUAAAGUAGCUUUAAGCUUUAAUGUCCUGUCUAGCUAACUUCAUUGUAAUGUAUAUAUCUGAAUUAAAUAUAUUUUUUUAAUAGCAAACUGAUCUUUUGGUGGUCGGGUAACGAUCAGUAAGAUCGAUAACAUGUGAUAUACAUUUUUAAGUAGUUUAUAAACUAGAAUUACCUUUGAGCUGUAUGAUUUGCAUUCUGUAGUUCUUUUAAAUCGUGUAUUGGUACUGGCUAGUUUAAAGGGAAAGACCUGCAUUUUUAUCUUUUGAAACUGCUGUGUGUAAAAGCCUUCUGCGGUCUUUGAUUGUCUGAAAAUUUAAAAUUAGACAUCUUUCUAAAAAUCUAAUGAACACUAAUAGUUACUUUAAGUAUCUGAACUUCAAUUACCUGUUAAAGUAACUUUCAGGUUAAAGAUGCAGUGUAUCUAUUUAAUUGCAGCAGUAUGCAAGAUCUAAAACUUGGAACUCAGAGUUAAUAUGGUGUUUCCUUACCUCUCUAAUUUCAGUAGCAUAUAGUUCUGAGGCUGAGCUGCUUGCUGCCAUAUGCUUCCCAGAUGUCCUUGAUGUUCUGAAGCACUUCAGUGUGUCUCAGAAUAACUUCCGUUGUCCAACUUUAAUGUUGUUUUCUUCCUACUUGUGGAACAAAAUGGUUCUUAUUCGGCUUUUAUUCAAUUUCUAGGCAUUAAUUGAGUAAGAAAUCAGAAGAAUACAUAGAAAUGAAAUGCUAUGAACAUUCCCAUUACUGUUCAAAUUCAAAUACCAUUAUCAGAUAAGCACAUUAAUUUACUGGCCUAUAGGUACUUAAUGGAAGGUUUUUGGCACUGCCCUUUCAACUGCAGAUACUGGUGUUUAAUUGAAGUUAAACUUUGACCUUUCUUCACUUGCUUUCAGUCUGGUGUUAAAUCCUCUUUACCAAUUGUAGCCUAUCAAUCUGGAAUAAAUUCCACUCAAGGCAUGCCCUUUGUAUUAGAUGUAAAUUGAUAGUAAAAUUUUACCCAGUAUGUGGUUUGGCCAGUGUGAGAAUCUGCUCCAUGGAGCAUGGGAUAGCUUGAGUCUGAAGCCUUCAGCAUUGGGUUCUAAAAGGGAGAAAGGGCACAAGUGUGUAAAUUACACUUAGACCCAUGCAGAAAGAUUCAUGAUGGCCCAGAUCAUUUGGUAUAGAAAUUCACCAAGGAAUGGAACCAUAGGAUUUUUACUCCUAGAAAGCUGACUACUCCCAAGAAAUAAAGGAGGAUUCUGCUUCAGUAGAGAUCAACAGCAUGAACUGUUGUCAAGUGGAAUUCUAGUAAUUGCUGCAGCCCUUAUAACCAUUGAGCUUCAGUCUGGAAAAAAAUGUUCCUUCCUUGUGCUCUGAAUGGCUUUGGUAUUACAUCCUUAGGGAACUCCAGUGAGAUGGAUGGAAAUUUCAUUUUUACCAUCAGUACUAUUGUUCUACUGCCUGUAUAAUGUUCUCUUUUAUAGGUUUGGCUACUUACCUUAAAUACAUGCAGUAGAAGUCAUAGCAAAGUUGAAUUUUUUUCAAUGUAUAAGUGGUUUCUUUUAGUUUCUCACCUGUCAUUUGUAAUUUUUCUCCUUUUAAUUUCUCAUAGUCAAAGAAAACUCUUACUGGUAGAGUUUUUGUUUCUGUACUUUUUAUUAUGCUAUUAUUUAGCAUUCUGUGAUUUAGAGUCACAUGAUAGCACUUCUGUUUCUUCCUCUUACUGAGUGUAUGCUAACUAUUCUGAUUGGAAUUGCUAAUACCUAGUUCAUCCUUGCAUUCCUCUGGGUCGUUUGACUGAAGAGUUCACCGAGUUCCCAACUUUUCUUUAAGUUUUCUUCCUCUUUUUCAAGACAGAUUUUAAAAAAUGUCAGCUGAGUAGCGACUGAAAGUAGACUUUGGUUUUCAGGAUUUCCAUUCAUGUCAACUAUAUGUGAAAAGAUCACUAAGCUUCUGAUGCCAGUCAAGUUUGCUUGUUUCUUACAGUACCGAUGAGCCAUUACUGAAUCCAUAAGGAUAUUCGUAUAUGGUUUCUAUUCAGAGCAUAUCCACAUCUUAAAAGUUCAAGGAGAGUCCUAAUUUUCUUUCUAUGAGAAGAGGGAGGACAGCUCACAUUCUUUCAAUACUACAUAUGUUGCAAGCUAGCACACAGUCAGACUUUUUUUGUUGUUCUUCUAGUUGAAGGUAUCUCUAUUCUGCACUGCAAGUCCAGCCAGUUCUCUAACACAGUGCUAAUAGCCAUUCUCUUCUCCGUUGGUUCAGCGUUGGCAUUGAAAGUACACAAAAGCUGGAAAGAACAUGCAGCUGGAUGGAAGGAUUUUUUCUUACUACUUUUCCAAAUUUUUACACCUCAUUUUUUAGGUUUGUUGUUGUUGUUGUUAGUUUGCUUUCUUGCUUGUUUGUUUUUAAGUAAUAAUGCAAUAUUUGCAAUACUUCACUUAGAAAGAAACAAGCACUUAUACUCCAAAGAGAAGCCAUCAAAGAAAAAUUUGCUACAUGGCAAACUUAACAGGCUUCCUAAGGAACAUAAUCUGGAAGAUAUCUUGAGCCUGUUGCUAUUUUUUUUCCAAAUCCAUUGACAUGGCUUCUUUAAUUGUUUUACGUUUUAUUCCUUGUUUUAAAUUGUUUUCAAUGCAAAUAUUGUGCUCAUCAUGCAUAGCCUACCAAAACAAAACUUUUCUUGUUGGAGGGUUUUGUGCACCUUUUCUCUUUUAGAGGGCCUGGAUUAACAGCUGUAUAAGGCAGAAAUACCACCUAGAAGAACUUCAUACUGUUACAGUCUGACUGUAUGUAAAUUCAUAAUCUAUGAAAAACCUGCCUACCAGUUCCAUUCAAAUUCCAGAUCUCUUUCCCUUAAAGCUCCCUGGAUUUUCCCCAGAGCUCUAACAGUGUUUAAAAAUACUGUGGCACCACAUAGGUAAUGCUAUGGGUUUGAAAUUAGCAUAGACAUUAGCUCUCUGUUACCACUUCAGCUACCAAAAUUUAAAGUUUGUUUCCUUAUUUGUGCAGCACUUGACAGGACUUGAAAUUAAACAAACAAAUAAAACAGCAAUCUAGUGACAAAGAAUGUUUUCAGUCUCAUUUUACUUUUAUUGAUACCCUUUGGUCCUGUACUACUGACAGCAGUGACUUUUCAUGGUGAGUAGUUAUUGAGGAAUGGAGGGACAGAGGGAAUUCUCCUUUGGAAUAGCACUAAUACUAGGUUGUCUCAGAGAGUUUAACAGUUCCUGCUUUUUCUCUGAUUUUUUUUUUUUUUUUUAGUAAGUUCUCAUCUGUUACAUGUAGAGAAAUAUAGUAUAUAUGCUUAGCAAAGAGUAGCUAUGUUUUUUUUUCUCAGUUAUUUCAGACCAAAAGAAAUAGUCUGUUGCUCUGACCCAUUGUUCUAUCGAAGUGUUGCUGAGAGUUGUUUGAAGUCGUGCAGUAUUAACCAAAAUGGGCUGUGGCUUGGGCUAAUCUGUAGCCACUUUACUCUUUAGCACUCAGUGCCGGACUCUUUCUAUGCUAUUUUAUUAUUAUUAUCUAUUUGGGGUUGGUUUGAAAUUGCUUUAUACAGCAGUCUGUAUUCCACCAGUCGGUGACUAGUAUUUUGUCCAUGUUGUAGUGAAUUCUUCUGAAUGAGUCACUUGAGAACUAUAUUAACCUAGCCAAGGAAAUUGGCUCAGCAGUAGGGAAACUUAAGCUCCUCCCAGAAGAAUUAAUAGUAAUACAUUGAAGUAGCAGUGUUGCUGAGUAGCGUUAGGUAUUCUCUAUCUUAGAGCAACAAAUUUUUCAUCUCGUUUCCCAAUUCAGGUAAAUCUCAUUCCAGGAUAAGGGUAAACAUGAGUACUCCAACCAUCUAUAAUUUCAAGUACUGAUGGUUGCCCCCCAGUAAUCAACAACACUGUCUCUGCCAAUUGCAGCUUCACUGUAGCAUUUUUUCACAUCUCAUGGAAUUAUUUUGGACGUUCUUUGACAAGAUUGGCAGAGCUCCUGAUAGCUUUUGUCUGAACUUCAAGUACUAAGUGUGUUUUGGUCAGUUUAGUCAGGCCAGGCCUCACCUGCAGUUGCACCUUCUUCCUUCAACUUGGGAAUAAAAAGGGGCUGUCAGGAUUUCUGGAAGAGAUGUGUUGUUUCCUAGCUGGCAGGGAGUAUUCACUGUGUUACCAUCUGCUAUAGAAGUCUAAAUGCCUGUUCCAACCUGCUUUUUCAAUAGAUAUUUAUAUAGGAUGUUGAUAUGAAGUACAAAGAACUUUGCCUCUGUAACUGAAGGUCACAUCCAUAGUGUUUUACUGCUGCAAAUAAAAAGUAUGUUUUUU